AUGGGCAAGGGCGGCGGCUGCCUGCCCAGCAAGAGCCAACGCGUCCCGCUCCCCCAGCCCCGGCACCGGCGCGACCGCACCUACAUCCCGCCCCCCGCCGCGCCCGGCCCACCGCGCCGCCCGGUCCGCAUCUACGUCGUCUUCUACUCCAUGUACGGCCACGUCCGGCUCCUCGCGCGCGCCGUGCAGCGCGGGGUGGGCUCCGUCCCGGGCGCCCUCGCCAUCCUGCUCCGCGUCCCGGAGACCCUGCCCCGCGCCGUGCUCGCCCGGAUGGGCGCGCUCAAGGCCGCCGCGGAGGCGGAGAUGGAGGAGAUCCCCGUGGCGGACCCCGGCGGCCUCCCCGACGCCGACGGCUUCCUCUUCGGCUUCCCCGCGCGCUACGGCGCCAUGGCCGCGCAGAUGCAGGCCUUCUUCGAAUCCACCGCGCCGCUCUGCCGCCACCAGCGCCUCGCCGGCAAGCCCGCCGGCUUCUUCGUCAGCACCGGCACCCAGUGCGGCGGACAAGAAACCACCGCGUGGACGGCGAUCACGCAGCUGGCGCACCACGGCAUGCUGUUCGUGCCAAUCGGAUACACCUUCGGGGAGGGGAUGUUCGAGAUGGAGGAGCUCCGCGGGGGUUCGCCGUACGGCGCGGGUGUCUUCGCCGGCGACGGCACCAGGCCGCCCAGCGAGAUCGAGCUGGCCCUCGCCGAGCACCAGGGCAAGUACAUGGCCACGCUGGUCAAGAGGAUGGUGCACGGAGCAGAUGCCACUUGA